CGUCGUCCACGCAAAAUUAAAGUAGCGAUCGCGCGCAUGCGCAGCCAGUUAGAAGGUCACUUUACCGAUGGUUACUCGUAACCGUUUCUACUUAAACGCACUGCUCUCUAUUUGAGAUCAGUUUUAGAACCGCAAUGGACGGUUUUGACAAUCUCAGUGCAUCGGAGAAAGCGGAAGCGACAGAGCUUCAGCGGUUGAUCGCCAUCGAACAGCAGAAGGCUCAGUUCCAGGCCCAGGUGCACAACUUCACAGAUGUGUGCUGGGACAAGUGUGUGGAUAGCCCAGGAACCAAAUUAGACUACCGGACAGAGACUUGCCUUGUGAGCUGUGUGGAGCGAUUUAUCGACACCACCUUGACCAUCACCAACCGCUUCACUCAAAUGGUGCAGAAAGGCACUCAUUGAAUGAUGGACUGCAAAUACCUUUGUUGGGCUCUAUUUGCAUAUGUUUUGUAUUGCUAACAUGUUAGGAUGCAAAGAGUGACGUGUCUGAGCUGCUGUCAGGCAUGUUUGUGAGCGUUUCAUGUUUGAAUGGAGUGGUCAUUGAAUAUGAACAUUAAACAGUAAACUGGCUGUUACUGUAAGAGAGUAAA